UGACUAUUGAUUUGAAUGAAGUGAGCGAAGUAAAAUUGACAAUCAGAUGAACAUUUGUCAAACACCAUUUUGACAAAUCAAGUGAAUUUACAAUUCGACUUGAAAUGUCUACUUUCAGUUUAAAUGGUGACUCUUCUUAUAUUUUAAAUGAAUGGUUGUCCCCUUAUGAUGAACCAGAGAUUGAGAUAACCAUUUUAAUUCCUAAUGGGUUAAUAACCACAUUAACAGUUUCUAAUAAGACGAAACUUUUUGACAUAAAAGAGGAGAUUUUUGACUUAGCGGCGGAUUUACCAAUGUAUGGAGCUCUUUAUGACAAACAAAGUUAUGUUUUUACUUGUGUUAACUUUACAACUGGUGAACAAGAAGAGGUUGAUGAAGAUCGAUCAAUUGCUGAUGUUAAACCUUUCAUGAAAAUUUUACGUCUAAUUGAAAGGAAAGGUAAUAUAGCGUCUAAACAGCUUAACGCUCAAAUUGGACCUCUUAUUGGUAAAGGUUUACAUGAGUUUGAUGCUUUAAAAAAUCCAGAAAUUAAUGAUUUUCGUUGGCGAGUUAAACAUCGAUGUGAGGAGAUUGCCAGACAGCGCUUAGAAGAGUCUUGGAUGAAUAAAGUCAAAUACAAAUAUCCUGUCCGAAUAGAACCAAAUCCCGGUAUACCGUUAUACUUGAAAGAUCAUCUAUCCAAAGAAACAAUCGACAUUCAAAUUCGUAUAAAAUCAAAGGAUUUCAUUGAACUCAACAUUUUUUAUCGAGCUAAAAUUGAUGAAAUAAUAAGAGCAACUCUUGAACUAUUUGAGACUGAAUACGAGGAAGAUAAGUACAGCCUGAAAAUAUUUGGACAAGAAGAGUAUCUUCUUGAUAAUCAUCCUCUAAUAUGUUACAAAUAUGUGCGAGAAUCCCUUGCCAAUUACUUGAAGCCGUCUUUUAUAAUAAUUGUUAACUCCGAAAUUGAUGUCAGUGAAAAAAUUGUGAAUGAACCUCGACAUCGGAGCUCAACAUUACAUUCAACUCAAACUGGAACUUAUCGCAAAAAAACCAAACCUGUAUCAUCUUUUGAUAUAAAUGAAAAAUUUUCAAUAACAAUCAACAAAUGUAUCCGGAUGAAUCACACAGAAGGUGUCCGAUUAGCUGUUUCAGCUGGCUUGUUUCACGGUGGAUCCCUUCUUGUGCAUUCACUAUCAACUUCAGAUGUAAACGCUUCCACCGACGAAGAUAAUAACAUGGAUGUAGUCGAAUGGGAUGAACAAUUGACCUUUGACAUACCCUUGUCAGAUGUACCCCGGAUGACUAGACUGUGUUUGGUUCUUUAUGAGAUCAUGGUUCGUGCACGUAAAGGCUCUGGUUUCUUUUUAGUUAAAUCAACCAUUGCUUGUGAUAUAACAACUAAUCAUUUAAAAUGGGCCAAUACACCUUUGUUUGAUUAUCGUGGACAGUUAAAAUCGGGAAGCUAUACUCUUCCAAUGUGGCCUUACCCAGAAUCUUUGGAUGAUUUAUCAGGAAAUGCUUUUAAUCCAUUGGGGACUGUUUUACCAAAUCCAUUUUGUGGUGAGGCAACUUGUUUGACAAUUACUUUUCCAAAAUACUCGGCUUAUCCUGAAUCAGCUAUCUUCUAUCCUCAGCUGGAAGCAAUCUUGGCAUCAACACCGGUUGCUAAUUCAAGCGAUUCUAGGAAAUCAGGUGAUCAUUCUCCGAGUUCACGAUAUCUGGAACAAUUGAAAUCAAUUUGUUCUCGUGACCCCUUGACAGAGAUGGCCUCAUUGGAUCGCGAAUUUCUUUGGUAUUUUCGUGAAGAUUUGUCUCUUUACUUACCAACAGCAUUACCAUACUUACUUAAUUGUGUCGAUUGGUCUGACCAUCUAUCUGUUUGCUCCAUGUUACGCUUACUUCAUAGAUGGCCUAAACUUGAGCCUGAAAUGGCUUUACAGUUACUUGAUUAUGCUUAUGCUGAUUGUUCUGUUCGUAGUUAUGCUGUUUCUUGUUUAAAGUCAAUGUCUGAUGAUGAUUUAUCACUUUAUCUACUACAGUUGGUUCAAGCGUUGAAAUACGAAUCGUAUCUUCACUGUGAUUUGGCUAUGUUUCUUCUCGAAAGAGCACUUGUUAAUCGAAGACUAGGCCACCAGCUGUUUUGGUUGUUAAGAUCAGAAAUGGCUGAACCAAGCGUUUCAACAUAUUUUGGUUUACUUCUUGAAGCAUAUUGUCGAGGAUCAAUUGACCACAUGAAAGAUUUAUCUCGCCAAAUGGAAGCAGUUAAUAAACUUAAACAUAUGAAUGAAAUUGUCAAAAGAGAAUCAACUAGAGGAAAGGAAUCAAAGGAACGUUUGAUGACUGUAAUGCAUGAAAUUCUGGAACAAUCAUAUUACAAAGAGUCACUUAAAGAUGUUACCAAUCCAUUGGAUCCAAGAAUUAAAUUAUCAACAAUUAAAGUUGACAACUGUAAAUUAAUGGACAGUAAAAUGAAACCUCUUUGGCUUGUUUUCAACAAUUCUGACCAAGGAGCUGAUGAUGUCUCUAUUAUCUUCAAAAACGGUGAUGAUCUUCGACAAGACAUGUUAACUCUUCAAAUGUUUCGUAUAAUGGAUAAGUUAUGGAAAGAUGAAGGUCUUGAUUUACGAUUAACCCCAUAUCGAGUGAUUGCCACUGACAGAGGUGUUGGUUUGAUUCAAGUAGUUCCUUCAACUCAAACAUUGGCCAAAAUUCAGAAAAGUUGCUCAAUGAAAGCCACAUCAGCUUUUAAUAAAGCAGCACUUCUUAAUUGGUUACGAUCACACAAUCCAACCGAACCUGAAUUAACCAAAGCAAUCCGUCAGUUUACCUUAUCAUGUGCUGGCUAUUCAGUAGCUACAUAUGUUUUAGGAAUUGCUGACCGACACAGUGACAAUAUUCUGAUUAAAUCAAACGGACAAAUAUUGCACAUUGAUUUCGGUCACAUUUUGGGAAAAUUUAAAGAAAAAUUUGGAAUUCGAAGAGAACGAGUUCCAUUUGUCUUGACAAAUGACUUUGUCUAUGUUAUUACGGCAGGUGGAAGUCGAAGAGGCGAUUUUGCACCAUUCCAAUCAAUUUGUGAACAAGCAUUUACCAUUCUAUGGAAAAAAGGACAUUUCAUUUUAUCUCUUUUCGCCAUGAUGUUGUCCACUGGAAUCCCUGAAUUAUCAUCAGUAAAAGAUUUAGAUUAUCUGAGAGAAACUUUGGUUCUGGAUUUAACUCAAGAAGAAGCUUUGGCCCAUUUUCGUUCAAAAUUUGACGAAGCUUUAAAAAAUAGCUGGAAGACUAAUAUCAACUGGUUAGCUCAUAAUAUUGCCAAAGACAAUAACUAAAUUGUUACCUUUUUUACAACAAA